UGUUUUGUCCAGAACGGGUAGCCAGUGCCACAGGUCUCGCCAUUCACUCUUCCUCGUUAGCCACCGCAGUUUUCAGUAAGUCCGUCUUAUCAGGGUUCCACGAAGAAAAGGUUCAGAUUGACAUUUCACUCCAGGACACAUUUGUUUUGUCUUGAUCUGGAUGGCUUCCUUGCUGAACCAGAUUCCUCGAGAGUCCCUACAAAAUUUACUUUCCUCCUUAAGGGUAUGCGCCCUGCCUUCCGGAAAUCACAUCUCAACUGAAAGUUGCGCGCUUGAACCGCUACUUUCGUCCCUCAGCCGCGGGGAUGUCAUAGAAGUUCAGGGUCCUGCUUCAUCAGGGAAAACCCAUCUCUUGUAUCAUUUCGUACUACUCUGCAUUGCUCCGUCAAAGCAAGUGUCCAUGAACUUUGGGGGGAAUGGAAUGGUUGCGGUCGUCUAUGACACAGAUGCAACAUUUGAUGUCGCAAGGCUUCAUCAGCUGCUGUUGAACCGCUUAUCGCUUACUCUCCAUCACAACAUGGAGAUAGCACGCCGUCUAGCUGAGGAAUCGCUGCAACGUUUGCAUGUUUUUCGGCCAACAUCGCUCCUCCAACUCGCCACAAGUCUCCUAUAUCUCCCAUUUUAUCACAGAGCCUGCAUACCAGAACACGAAAUAGGCCUUCUUGCCGUGGAUUCAGUGAGCGCAUUUUAUUGGGCCGACCGUUUUAUCGCGGAGCAGAUGCGCAACAUGCCUCAAAUAGCUCAAGAAGAACCAGACCCUGCAUUGCUUAACCCACUCCAGCUUGUGCUUACGGCGCUUGGUCGACUUCGCCUUUCUCAUGCCCCUUUCAUCGUUUUAACCAAUUGGGGUCUGAAUCUCGCCUCGCAAUCCAGUGGGCCGGUGACGUUUUACAAGCAACAUUUACACUCAUUCCCUGUAUACUCUGAAAACUAUGACCCCAGUGCUCCGCCCACUUCGAUGACAGGUGAUCUUCCGCCAACGCCCAUGCCGCUUUCCCUUACGCACCACAUUACCUUAUCCCCGGUGUCAAUACCUCCUUUUGCCCCAGAGAUUUCCCUGCGUGAUGCAGUCCAACAGGAAGUACAGUAUCGCGGAAGUACAGUACAAAAGGGGGAAAUUACAGGUCUUGUGAGGACUGCGGGAAGCCGAGAGAUACGCCGUUUGACUCUUUGCAUAACACUUGAAAACGUUCAUAUCAGGUACUUGUGAUGCCCUUCGUCGCUUCUUUGGUUGUUGGUUCACAUAAUAGGGUAUUAUUGAAACACUUUAAUGUAUGUAUGUAGUUCGACCAGAUACAUUACACUUGUGUGCGGAACGUAGUAAUUAAUGGAAGUUGUACUGCUACAGUGUGAGUUAUUAAUUGGGAUUUAGAUCCAUGUAGUCAUCUACAGAGUGUUAA